UAUAUAAAGCAAGACAGAGUCGUGGGUUUAGUGUAUAUAUAUCAAACUAGCUACCUCCUCCUUUCUCAACAACUUCACAGUUCACACACCUUGGUCUAAUUCUAAACAGAUCGAGAUCGCAUCCAUACUACUAAGCCCUUCAUCCUUCUCCUACUAAUUUGUUUGUGGUGCGCGAUUAAAUCUGGUCGUACUGUACGUUGGAGCUAACUAGCAAUGGAGAACAUGUUGGGUCUGUUGAGAAUUCAUAUCCAAAGAGGAGUGAACCUUGCCGUCAGAGACAUGAGAAGCAGCGACCCUUAUCUCAUUGUCAGAAUGGGCAAGCAGAAGCUAAAGACUCGUGUAGUGAAGAAGAGCGUGAAUCCUGAGUGGAAUGAACAACUGACUCUUUCAAUUGCUGAUCCAAAUCUUCCAAUCCUGGUCUCUGUGUAUGACAAGGAUACAUUUAGUUUUGAUGACAAAAUGGGGGAUGCAGAGUUUGAGAUUGGUCCAUUCAUUAAAGCCUUGAAGAUGGGUUUCCAAGGCCUUGAAGAUGGAGCCAUAAUUUCUAAAGUGCAGGUGAACAAGCAAAACUGUCUAGCUGAAGAGAGCUCCAUUAUUUACUCCGAAGGCAAACUUGUACAGAACAUGGUUCUCAGACUCAGAAAUGUCGAGUGCGGGGAAGUGGAACUCCAAUUGCAGUGGAUUGAUGUACCUAGUUCUAGGGGUCUAUAGUUACUGAUCUCACUGUGUCUGAUUUUCCGUUCGUAAUGUCCAGAGGAGUUACAGAUGCUAUCCUUCCAUGUAUUGUCAUCAACAUAUGGGAUGUGAGAAUCUAAUAAACUACAAAUUGUAUGCGAUACCUUUUCUAAUUCUAUGUAUGUGCACAGUAAAAAAGAAAUAAAUAUCGCUUCCUCUA